GGCUAGCGAGCUCCACCCCACCGUAUCGAUCGUAAAGGCGGCCGCCCAUGCAAAAAGCUGGCGUGCGAUCGAUCGGUCGAGUACAUGCCCGAUUGCCCGUCCACCAGCUCUUCCCCCACUGGGCAACCACUAGCAAGCAAUCCCCCCCCCGCGCGCUGCUAUAUAUAGUCCUCGCAUCCGAGAUCUUUCGACAGAAUUGAAGAGCUAGCGCCGCGAUUUGCCAUAGCCAGCAGUGGCCCAGCUAGAGCUACCUCGCUACUCCUUCCUACUAGUGUGCAGUGUGUCUGUCUGUGUGCGUGACACGACGACUGGUCCUCCAUCGAUCACAAACUACACUGCACUUACGUGUCCAUCCAUCUCCCCAACCAUGCCGGCCUUGUUCGCCGAUGGCGCCACCAGCGAUCCGCCUCUGGCGGACAGCUACCGCGCGCUCCUCCGCAGCGGCGGCAUUGCGCAUCCGCCGGAGGAGAGCUUAUCACCCGUGCUGGAGCGCGACCUGCCCAUGAUCGACAUCGAGUGCCUCAUCACCACGGGCGGCGAAGGUGGCGCGAGCUCGAUGAGGAAGAAGAAGGCGUGCGCGGACGCCAUGGCGCGCGCGGCGUCGGAGUGGGGCUUCUUCCAGGUGACGAACCACGGCGUGGGGAAGGAGCUGCUGGAGGAGAUGAGGAAGGAGCAGGCGAGGCUGUUCCGGCUGCCGUUCGAGACCAAGCGCAAGGCCGGGCUCCUCAACGGCUCCUACCGCUGGGGAAACCCGACGGCGACGUCGCUCCGGCAGCUCUCGUGGUCCGAGGCCUUCCACGUCCCGCUCGCCAGCAUCUCCGGGAGGGACUGCGACUACGGAAAGCUCAGCUCACUCAGGGGCGUGAUGCAGGAGGUGGCGGACGCGAUGUCGCGGGUGGCGGACGCGGUGGCCGGAGCGCUGGCGGAGAAGCUGGGGCAGGAGGCCGGGUCGGCGUUGUUCCCCGCGGGGUGCGACGGGACGACGUGCUUCCUGCGGCUCAACAGGUACCCGGCGUGCCCGUUCGCGCCGGACACGUUCGGCCUGGUGCCGCACACGGACAGCGACUUCCUCACCAUCCUCUGCCAGGACCAGGUCGGGGGCCUACAGCUCAUGAAGGAUUCCCGCUGGGUCGCCGUGAAGCCCCACCCCGAUGCCCUCAUUGUCAACAUCGGCGAUCUGUUUCAGGCGUGGAGCAACAACAGGUACAAGAGCGUGGAGCACAAAGUGGUGGCCAACGCCAAGGCGGAGCGCUUCUCCGUCGCCUACUUCCUGUGCCCGUCCUACGACGCGCCCGUCGGCACUUGCGGCGAGCCGUCGCCGUAUAGGUCCUUCACCUUCGGGGAGUACAGGAGGAAAGUGCAGGACGAUGUCAAGAGGACCGGCAAAAAGAUUGGUCUCCCCAACUUUCUCAAACAUCCUCCCAUAGUCGACGGCCUCAAAUGAUCAAGAUUCCAGAGCAAUCGUUCUCUGUUCUCAACGUAGAAGCGUGUGCCCGCUGUUUGGACUUGGAGGAAAUUCUCUCCUUUUCUUCUUUUAUUUUUUCUUCAUUUCAUUUCUUUUGGACCCUUUUCCGCCUAGGCGUAGGUACUAUACACGAGAUAAUGAUGUAGGCACUUAUUAUCAUCAAAUACGGCCUUUUCUUUUAGAAAAUCAAUCAAAUAUUACUAUUUUUUGCUGUA